CGCAGAGGGAAUAGCAUAACCCGAUUAACCAAACUCGUGAAUCGCUUCAUUUUAAGGCGGACGUCUGCUUCCUCGAGUAGCAGUUUGCUAUCUUUCUGCGUCGAGAUAUCAUCACUUUAUUCCCAUGUCUCCAACGUAUUUAACUUCGAGAUAUAUCGAAAUAUACGGUGAAGUUUUCAUGUAGUAUUCGUUGUAACCGUAGACACCGUUCACGUGCCAGACGAAGAUCCGUCCAUCGACGUCGACUCGAAACACCUCGUGGACUUGAUCAGCGAAAAAAACCUCUAAAAAUAUUCAUUGAAACAUGGAACAAAAACGUCUGUAUAAAGUGGUGCUCACUGGAGCAUUAUGGAUGACACACAAGCGACAUCAGCCUCUAAUAUCACUGCGAAGAUUGAUCGACAGAUCACACAUAUCAAUGCGGACCUUGUGGUGGUAAAACAACCGGACAGGCACGGCUAUGCACGUUCUUCGAGAACAUGGGUUGGAAGCGGCGGCAUAAAGUUUUCAGACCUGAACGCCGAAGAGGCAAAGGGAUCCGGGUCGCGUCCUUCGAUUACGAAGUCCUCGCAGCGACAUUACAGGAACAGGUCGGACAAAGGCGAAGCAAGGUGGCCGGAGAUCUUGGAAGUUGACUCUGGUGAGGCGUUCAAAUUUCAAGAGAAUCUUCUGCGCACGAUGAUACAGAUAGAGAAUACGUUCUUCCAGCUGGGUGACAGCUGUUCGCGAAAUUGUCUUAUUAUCUGUGAUCGUGGUGCCAUGGAUGCCUCUGCAUUUAUAUCGAAAGAUAAAUGGGAAUUGAUGAUGGCUUCGAACGGAUGGAACAACGUGGAGCUGCGAGACAAUAGGUACAAUCAGAUCAUCCAUAUGGUCUCGGCAGCAAACGGCGCCGAAGAAUUCUACUCGACGGAAGAUCACGCGUGUCGUUCGGAAGGCGUCGUGGUAGCCAGAGAACUCGAUUAUAAAGCGGCGGCCGCCUGGGUUGGGCAUCCUUACUUCGAUGUGAUAGACAAUUCGCAGGACUUUGAAACGAAACUCUGUCGUAUGAUCGAAUGCGUGUGCCAGAAGCUGGGUAUCGAUACCGGAGACAGAUUGAGAGCAAGUAGCAGAAAAGUCAAGUUCCUUGUCAAAGGUCCUUUACCGGCGGACUCUGGGUUCCCGCCGUUCCAGGACUUUGAUGUCGUCCAUAACUACCUCCAAAGUAACAAUCCGAAGAUGCAGGCUCGUCUGCGUAAACGCGGGCAAAAAGGUCACUGGUCUUACAUUCAUACAAUUCGACGUCCAAAAAUGUGCGGCCAAGUGAUCGAAGUAAAAACACAAUUGACUCAUCGAGAUUAUUUGAAUAUGCUCGCUCAACGCGAUGACUCGCAUUUCACCAUCUUCAAGCGUCGACGAUGUUUCCUCAUCAACAAUCAGUAUUUCCAAUUAGAUAUAUACAGAGAACCCGCUCAUCCAAGGUGUCGGGGAUUGAUGCUGCUUGAAACGUACACAGCAUUGUCCGGAGACGAGCUUAAGAACAUAUUACCACAGUUCCUGACAAUCGAAAAAGAGGUCACUGGAAACCCGGAUUACAGUAUGUUCAAUCUCAGUCUAAGAGAAGAAUGGAACAAUACGAAUAAAUUCUGCCAUAAUUUACAAGAUUACGCUCUUGCAGGCUUAACGGAAUCUGGAUCAACAGAAACAAAAAGUACUUGCUCUUCGGAAGCGAAAGAUACAUCGGUUAAAAAAACAGUAAAUGGACUUGAUUGUUGUAGAGUCAAUGGUGUGGACGUUGUUAUAAAUAGUGUAGAUAAAGUUGUAAAUGGCGUACAGAAUGGUGUCUACGGUGUUACGAAUGGUAUCGUGAAAUUUGCCGAACAAAAUAGUAUAAAAAGCAAUAGUCAAGAAUGCGGUAGUCCUACGAAACACUAAAUGACGAUCCUUAAAACGAAAAAGUACGAAGAGGUGCAAUGAGAGCAGGUUUCGAAACGAUGUGAAAACACGACGGUAUAAAUACAUUAGGCAAUGAUAAGGGACAAAUUACACAAUUCUAAAAAGAAACAAAAUAUUUUAUUGGCACUGACAGCUGCUAUCUCGAUCUAAAAUUUCCUAGGCAAUACGAAAAUGACAAACGAUACGAAACUUACAAACUAUAAUACCUAUUUUUUAAUUAAUCUUGCGUGCACACUUUGAAGGUACCAAUGCGAAAUGUACUUAAUAAUUCGACUGUAACUUAUUUUUUACCAAUUUGUUUAACAAGUGAUGUCGAUUAAUAUACCAAGCAUUUUUACAUCUAAAUCACUCCAUUUCACUUUUCAUCUCCUUGCUUCGUUGUGUGUUUUAUCUAGAGUAUCGUAGUAACUCUUUAUUUAAGAAUAUUACUAUGAAUAAUUGUGAUACAAAACACAUGUAAUACAUAGCAUACAAAACACGUAUGGAGCUAUGUAAUUAUUCAAGAACAAACGAUCUGUAUGAAGUAUACUUUCCUUUAGAAAUAUUUAACAUUAUCUCAAUAGAAAAGUAACACUCUGCACUAAUGUGAACAACUUUAAAUUUAUGGAUAGUACUGUAGACGGAAAACUUUGGUCCCUGCUAUAGACAUAAAUUUUACAAAUAAAUUAAUCAUUAGUGGUGUCUUGUAAAAUACUGACAUAAAUCUAAUAUUUGACUUGUCUUUAGAUGAAUAAUAUCGUUGAGUAACUAUGAAAAGUAUGAUUAAUUAAUUUAUUGGAAAUGUUGUUGGGUUAAAUAAAAAUAUCAAUUUCUAUAUUGUAGUCCCUUAUGAAGAACGUUCAUUUUAUUAUUUAAUUUAUCAACAAACAUUGUUUUCUCAUUGAACAUAACUUAAUGAACAUAAAAUAUGUUAUAAGAUAUAUAUAUAUAUAUAUAAAUAUAUAUAUAUAUAUAUAUAUUUUACAUAAAAACAUUUGUCACAAACUUUACUAUUAUUUAGAGACAAAGUGCCUGUGAGAUGUUCAGUCACAGAAGUGAAAAAAAUGAUAUAUAAAUAUAUAUUUUCAAUGAAAGAUGCAAUAAUCAGUUAUCGAUGCACUUAUGCCAUAUAUAAUUGGUCUGAAUUCAUAUAUUGUACCCAUGAUUGUCUAAUAAAAUGUCAUGUGCCUAUCA